AUGGACGAAACGAGUCCUCUUGUUUCACCACUCCUGGACUCCUCGGAUUACAGCCCCACAGAAGCAGCGAGUCCUCGAGGCUUGUUUGGUGGGACGCCGGGUUCUGUUGUUCGUGUACAAGCUGAAAGCUCUGGACGAAACCGAGAACGGCAGCCGCUUCUAGAUCGGGACAGAGGCAGCUCUCCGCGAAACAAUCAAAAGAACGCAUUUCCCGACGACCCAGAGUUCAGAGAAAUAAUUAGGAAAGCAGAGCGUGCUAUUGAAGAAGGAAUCUACCCAGAAAGAAUCUAUCAAGGGUCCAGUGGAAGCUAUUUUGUUAAAGAUACACAAGGGAAGAUAAUUGGGGUAUUUAAGCCUAAAAACGAAGAACCGUACGGUCAGCUGAACCCUAAAUGGACCAAAUGGUUGCAGAAGCUCUGCUGUCCCUGCUGCUUUGGCCGGGACUGUUUAGUUCUGAACCAGGGUUACUUAUCGGAGGCCGGAGCCAGUCUAGUGGACCAGAAACUGGAGCUCAGCAUUGUACCCAAGACUAAGGUUGUGUAUCUGGCCAGUGAAACCUUUAAUUACAGCGCUAUUGAUAGAGUCAAGUCUCGGGGCAAGAAACUAGCCCUGGAAAAAGUGCCAAAGGUUGGGCAGCGUUUUCACAGAAUAGGGCUCCCUCCAAAGGUGGGGUCCUUCCAGUUGUUUGUGGAAGGGUACAAAGACGCUGACUUUUGGCUGCGGCGCUUCGAGGCUGAGCCUCUUCCAGAGAAUAACAGGCGUCAGCUCCAGAUGCAGUUUGAGAGACUGGUGGUUCUCGAUUAUAUCAUCAGAAACACAGAUCGCGGGAAUGACAACUGGUUGAUAAAAUAUGAUUGUCCAAUGGACAUGGGAGAGAGCCGGGAUACAGACUGGGUUGUGGUGAAAGAUCCUAUUAUUAAAUUAGCCGCCAUAGACAAUGGUUUGGCCUUUCCUCUCAAACACCCUGACUCCUGGAGAGCCUAUCCGUUCUACUGGGCGUGGCUAGGCCAGGCCAAAGUGCCCUUCUCACAGGACAUUCGGGACCUCAUUCUUCCCAAGCUCUCUGAUCCAAACUUCGUCAAGGAUCUGGAGGAAGAUCUCUAUGAGCUUUUCAAAAAAGAUCCAGGCUUUGACAGAGGCCAGUUUCACAAGCAGAUUGCAGUGAUGCGAGGGCAGAUCCUGAACCUGACCCAGGCUCUGAAAGAUGGGAAGAGCCCCCUGCAGUUGGUCCAGAUGCCUCCCGUCAUAGUGGAGACAGCGCGCGCUCCUCAGCGGGCCAACAGCGAGGCCUACACACAGAGCUUCCAGAGCAGACGACCCUUCUUCACCUGGUGGUAGAAACGAACACCGCCCAACCCGAGCUACGCUAUGAAAAGAUGGCAUGAAAGAAAAAAAAACAAAACAAAACAAAAAACACAGAAGUUGAGUUGCCAAACUUCUAACAUGUCCACUCCCAACUGCCUGUGUCGUACAGGAACCCAUGAAACAGUUGUCCCCUCUGUGCCUUUGAAUGUCCAUAAUAUGGGAAGCGGAGUGAGACAACCUUGGUCUACUCGCUACCGUUCCCAGGUCACGCCAGCCUCCUCCAGCCUCGACUUGACUUCUCACCCCCCUCUUCAUUUCAAUUUGUGACUUCAGCUGAUCGAUUUCUGUGCCUAAAGCUACAGGUCACAAGUCACGAGUCACUUCCCUUAUGGUACACUAGAGGGAGCUACAAGCUGUCCGGAGCCCAUACUGCAGUUCAACCCACUGAGUAUUCGAUUUGCCUUGCGCUCCUUCUGACCGGAGGAAUUGAAGGACGACUGAUUAAAUGAAACGGACUGAUUAACCUCAGUCUGUGAGCAUUCCAAGGGGGGUGAAACAUGGUUUUUUUUUUGUCAUUUCAAAGUAUUUCAGGCACAUGGAAAUUGAACCAUUGAUAAAAUAUAUCUGUUGUUAAGAGUUUAGAGGGCUGUGUAGACACUCAGAAAAUAAGGUUGCAUAUUUCAUUGUUUUGGUCCAACCCUCCGUUCCCGGUCCAUUUAUUGGAUGCUGAAUGCAAUCCCAAAUGCAAAGUUUAAAACCUAAAACAAAAUUUCAAUCUGUGCAUUCCAGCUAAUGCGAGGAGUUUCUGUGUUGAUGCCAAUUGUAUUCCGCCUAUAUGCUAUUUUUUUUAUUAGAAACAAAUAUAUAAAAAUAUAUUGUCUAAUGAUAGAUGAGCUUUCUCAACACUGCACGUUUUGCAGUGCCAACCAGAGGUCAGUGGCUGACCAGAAACUGUGAAACUUUGUUUUUCUCUCUCUCUCUCUCCCUCCUUGAAUUCAAGCUUGCACAGUGCAGUGAUGUUUAGUUAACUGCUCUCAGCUACUGUACAACUGAGAGCCUUAGUCCUCACCAUUCCCUAUAGCCUUCAUAACAUGGAUCUAAGCUUUAAGCACUGGACAGUUUCUGCUGUCUGUGUCUAAUGUGCCAGGAACGUUUAGUUCAUAUUGGCUGCCAGAACAUUCAUUUUCGUGGUAUAAAUCAAUGGAAUAUGGAUGAAAUGUCAUUGUUUGCUCUGGAUUUGCGAACAGCAUCAUGGGAAAUGCUGGCCGUCCAUGAAGUGUACAGGGGGACAAAACUAGUUUCAUCAAAUGAAUUCCAGGGCUCAGUUUCUCUUCCCCUCUUUUAAACUAACAUUUCCCGACAGUUGUGUGUGGGUGUGUGUGUGG